CUGUUUAAUUUCGCUAAUAAUUUCUUGCGCACUGAUUGUUAGAAAGCAAGAUUUAAUUUUAAAAAAAAUAAAAAUUGAAUAAGAAAUGGCUGACCAGAAGAAGAAGCAAUUCACCAAGGUCAACCAGCUGCGCCCGUUAGACACUGGGCUUAAUUUAACUGUGAAGGUUGUCAAUGCAAAGAUGAUAGCACCUAGAGGUCGUGCUCAAGGACGCCUUGCUGAAUGCUUGGUGGGUGAUGAAACGGGAAUUAUUAUUUUUACCGCCAGGAAUGAUCAAGUGGACUUAGUGAAAGACGGCAACACCCUUGUCCUGUCAAACGCGAAAAUUGACAUGUUUAAGGGAUCAAUGAGGCUUGCAGUCGACAGAUCUGGCCGCGUUGAAGUUAGCGAGUCUGCUAGUCUCUCAGUGAAAGAGGAUGUCAAUAUGUCAUUGAUUGAAUUUGAGCGUAUUGAUGUUGUGGUUUGAGGCUGCUUAGAAUUAGGCAUGUUUUCAGACAGACUGUUGUUGCUUUCAACAUGUUUUAUUUGAACACUUUUUAAGGAUUAUAACUUUUAUCAUCGUAGGAGAACCAAACUCACCUAUCUUUGUCUGAUAAUAUGUCUACAGCAGUAACUUUGUUUUUUUCAGGACCUGUAAAAGUUCACAAUUUGACUGAUAUCUUCAAGUUUUGUUGUUUAUUACAUUGAUUUACUUCUUGUUGUGCAAUA